AUGAGUCAAAUAAUUAUUCAUAAAUCAACUGAUACAACAAAAGGUAAUAUUUGGUUGUACCGGCACUCUUCUUUAUCCAAUCCUGUAGUAGUAUCAACCUCCAAGAAAUCCAUCACAGUUAAAGUUGGAGAUGUUAUGGUAACUGGUAUUCAUGCAGCAUGUCUCACAGUGGACAGAAGACAAUUAUGGGAAGAGUUAAAAGAUAUUAGUGCAAUGAACUUACCAUGGAUGAUAAUUGGUGAUUUUAAUGUGGUUUUAAGUUGUGAUGAAAAGUUUGGUGGUAGAAGACCUCUCAGAGUUUCAAUGCAAGACUUCAGAGACUAUAAAGCUUUUUACAAUAUACAAUGGUUGGAUAAAUUUGGUGGGUGGAGUUAUAAAGUUGGAGUAAGGGGCAUUUCAGAUCAUGGUGCAAUUUUUGGUGCAGUAGUAAACUCUACUAAGCCAGAGAACUCUCUUUUCAGAUAUCAGUCUAUUUGGUCUUCUCAUCCAGAGUUUCUUACUCUAAUUAAAGAAUCAUGGAAUGAAGUUAUUGCAGGUAAUCCAGCUUUUUCCUUUAUGGCUAAACUAAAAAGGUUGAAACAAAUUAUUAAGAAGUGGAAUUGGGAGGUUUUUGGUGAUUUGAGAAUAAAAGUUAAGGUUACAGAAGAUGAAGUUUUACAAGCUUCCUUGUUAUCUGAUAAUGAUCCUGAAAAUAUUGAACUCCUAAACAAUUUAGUCACAACAAGAGGAAAACAUGACAUGGUUUCUCAACAAUACAAUGAGUUAAUGAGAGCUAAAUACAGAGUUAAGUGGGUCAAGGAGGGAGGUGCUAAUAUAAUUUUCUUUCAUACAAGCAUUAAGAUUAGACAGUCACAGAACAAUAUCACUAAACUUGAAGACGAUGAUGGAAAUAUGGCAACUAAACUAGCACAAAUUGCAAAUGUCUUAGUAGAACAUUACAAGAGGAAGUUUAAAGCUCAGAAUGCAAGUAUCUCUGAAGACAUUUUAGAUGUUAUCCCAAAAAUUUUAACUGAAGAAGAUAAUUACUUCUUAGAUGUUGUUCCUUCUACAAUGAAGAUUAAAGAAGCAGUAUAUGGAAUGGAUGCAAACAAUGCUCCAGGUCCUGAUGGUUUUCCUGGUAGUUUCUACAAAUUUGCAUGGGAAAUCAUUGGUUCAGAACUUAUUGAAGCCAUUCAAUUCUGCUGA